AUGAAUCACCAAACCGCUGUUGUCACUAUCGUCCUGCUAGCAGUCUUCUCUUCCACCAGCGGUCUCAUCAGCGGUGGCCGUUCUCUCCAAGAGAUCGAUCGUCAGAUAUACUGCGGCAGAAGCCUGGCGAACAUACUGGUAAAAUUGUGCAAUGACGGCGUCGAUAAGAGAACGGACGUUGGUAUAUUACGUAACACAAUUCUGUCACCAUAUUACAAAGAGCACGACGUGGUAUGGCCUUGGUUGGCUCACCAUAGGGCCAAAGCCCUAGGCCUCCCGUCCCGAGGCAAGAGGCAUCAAACCGAGGGAAUCGUCAACGAAUGCUGUGAAAAAGCAUGCAGCAGAGACGAACUAUUGCAGUAUUGUUACGAUGAACGUGAUGUAUAG